GUUAUGGUCAAAAACGUGCCUGUGAAAUGUGGCCAACGUCGCCUGCUUCGCCAAUUCCUUGGUGCCGGCUUUCAGGGCAAACUGGAUUUCAUUUACCUUCCCAUGGACCCGCGAAGUCGAUCCAGUCGUGGCUUUGCCUUUGUCAACCUGACGACCGUGGAGUCUGCACAUCAGUUCUACC